AUGGGUACGAGAUGGGGAAGAAAUAACAAAACAAUCCUUUUGAUAAAAGAAUUAACCAAGUAAUUUCUUAAUCCAAAGAUCGUCUGAAAAGGAAUAGGAAAUACCUAAAAGAUUUGCCCAAGUCCAGGUGGUAGCAAGCAUUUCGAUUCGAUCCAUCUUCCUCCCACUCCUCUUGUUGGUUGAAAUCGGGUCCGGUUCCUCUUCAUUUUGGAAGCAAAAUCGAGGACGAGGAAACCAUGGGAAGUGACGAGUUAGAAGGCUAGCCAUUUCGAGAUUGAUAUAGAUUUUAGAAAUAAAUCAUGCUUUUGUAAGAUAGAUUUUACCUUGAAUUUAUGAGAUCAAAAUAGAUUUCGGUCAUUAGAUCAAUUACUUGGAUUUAAGUCAUUUUGGAUAUAGAGAUAAAUUGAGAUGUUUGAUUUAAGUUAUUGGAUUGUCAUAUGUGAAUUGGAUAAGUUUCGAACCUUGUGCAUUUGUGGGACCCUCUCAUAAGUGCACGGCGUCUGCCACGUCCCCGGAUUUGGGUUCUGGGGCGUGACAAGCUAAGAGAUGGCAAACAAGUGGGGUUUUGGAGAGAGAUCUAGGUUGGGGAUAAAUCGUUGAGGGAUUUAUGUUCCUGAUUAUAUGAGUUGGCUAUUAAGAAAGAGGGUUUGGUUAGUGAGAUGGGCGAAUGGGAGGAGGAUAGGUGGCGAUGGAACAUGGAGUGGAGAUGGGAAAGGAAGAGUAGAGUGAGGGAUGAAGAGGAGGUCUUACGAGAGCUGUUGGGUUGUGUCCAAUUGAAGAAAGGCAAGGAGGAUCGCUAGUGGUGGAUUCAUGAUCUAGAAGGACAGUAUGUGGUGAAAACAACUUAUGAGGUUUUGGCUCCUAUAAAGUGCACUCUUGUGGAUCAGUUUUGUAAGAUGAUCUUGUGCAGAUUAGUCCCUUCCAAAGUUGGUUUUUUUGGUUGGAGGUUAUGUCUUGAUAGACUCCCAACAAAGGUGAAUUUACAAAAAAAAGAGGUGUGGUUUUGUAGGAGGAGAGUUAAUGUGUGGCUUGUGUAACAGUGUGUUGGAGGAGGUUAACCAUCUCUUUUGUACAUGUAAGGAGGCUUGGUUGGUUUGGGUUAAUGUGUUGCAUUGGUGGGGUAUGGAGGCUGUGUUUUCAAAUACAAUAGAUGGAGUUGCUGAGUUUUUUCUACAUGGUUUUGGGUAGGAUAGUAAGGAUGGAAAUGGGUGCGUGUGUUUUUCUUGCUGUUACUUGGUAUAUCUGGUACUGUAGGAAUAUUAGAGUUUUUAAGAAUAUUGAGAGUUUUAGGGAAAGGGUGGUGGAUAUGGUGCAAGCCAAGACUUUUUCCUGGAUUAAGAUUAAGAUGAAGAGGUGUGUUUUCCUUUUUCUGAGUAGUAGAAUAAUCCAUGGCAAGUUGCUAUAGAAGUCAAAAGAAACAAGAGGCUAUUGAAGAUGUUCUAUAAGCAGAACCAUGGGGUGGCAUGAAUGGACACUUGAUAUGAGUGUUAUGCUGGUUUUUGGGUCUGUUUAUAGAUUAUAGUUCUAAUUGGCUGUUGAUUUUGCUUGUAUUAGUUAUUAUUUUCAUAUUUAUGGGUUGGAGCACCCCUUGUGCUCCUUAAAAUUAUAAAUUUAUUCUGCUAAU